AAAAAGUUCCCUUGUCCACGGGAAAUUCCACCUCAUCCAGAGCCUCCCCCAAAGAGACCACAUUUCCCAAUUGCAAUUUUUGUGGGAGAAAUUUUUCGUUUCUUGUUCACCAGAGACGAGGUGGAAUCCUACUGGACGGGGAUACUGUCAAUUCGAGAAAGCCCAUUUGCUCGAAUUCCUUGGUGGAUAGAAAAAGAUAGGGACUGAGAAAGAUUUGAUCUUCCCACGCCGACGCACUCCCUUCUCACCCUUCGGCCAUUGCGCGCCGCCUCUCCUCGUCUACACUACCUCUCUGGCCUAAGGAUUGACUGGGCUCAACACCGCAAACAUGAAGUUCAGCAGCAUCCUGUCCGUUGGCCUCCUGGUCGUGUCGCCCCUGGCUGCGGCCUGGAGCAAGGAGGAUCGCGAGAUUUUCCGCAUUCGCGACGAGAUCAAGGCCCACGAGGCGAAUCCCGACCUGACCUUCUACGAGCUUUUGGGCGUCAAGAACUCGGCCACCAUUGACGAGAUCACCAAGGCCUACCGCAAGAUCUCUCGUACCCUCCAUCCGGACAAGGUCCGCCAGCAGCUCAUCGCUGAGCGCACCAAGGCCAAGAAGAAGGCCACCAAAGAGCCCGGCGUCAACGUCCAGAAGCCCCCUACCCAGAAGGAGAUCAAGUCGGCUGUCAAGAUCGCCUCGGAUCGCCAGGCUCGUCUGGGUCUCGUGCGCAACAUCCUGAGCGGCCCGGACCGCGACCGCUACGACCACUUCCUGAAGAACGGCUUCCCGGCUUGGAAGGGCACCAACUACUACUACAACCGCUACCGCCCCGGCCUGGGCACCGUGCUCUUCGGCGUCUUCCUCGUUGGCGCCGGAGCUUUCCACUACAUCGCUCUGUACAUGUCUUGGAAGCGCCAGAAGGACUUUGUCGAGCGCUACAUCAGGUUCGCCCGCAACGCCGCAUGGGGUGACAACCUCAGUAUCCCCGGAAUCGACACGACCCCGGCGCCCGCCCCCGCCCCGCCCGCCGACGACGAGGAGGGUCCCCAGCAGCCCAUGAACCGCAAGCAGCGCCGUAUGCAGGAGCAGGUCGCCCGCAGAGAGGCCGCUAAGGAGCGCGGAGGCCGGUCACGCAAGCCUGCCGCCGCCGCCAGCACCGGCAGCGGCACCGCCACCCCCCGCGAGGCUCCCGUUGCCCAGGCCGGCCCGACCGGCUCCAAGAAGCGCGUUGUGGCCGAGAACGGCAAGAUUCUCGUCGUCGAUUCCGUCGGAGAUGUCUACCUCGAGGAGCAGGAUGCGGAGGGCAACACUGAGCAGUACCUUCUUGAUCCCAACGAACUGCCUCAACCCACUAUCCGAGACACGGCGCUCGUUCGUCUCCCCGUCUGGGCCUACAACCGCACUGUCGGCCGCGCCCUUGGCCAGAACCAGGUUGACUUGGAGAUCGAUACCGAGGACCUGGACUCUGACGAUGGCGAAAUCCAACACACCCCCAGCUCCGACUCGGCUGCCGAUGACUUUGAGCUCCUCGAGAAGUCGACUGAUUCUCUGGGCAAGGCCAAAGCUACGGGCGCGCAGACUGGCGGCAAGUCCAACAAGCGCAAGAACAAGAAGCGUUGAGGAAAGAAAGACGGACUGGGGAGGGACGUCAUUGAGUCAGCCGCCCAACUGUUCCGGUGUCUCCUCGCUGCUGCGACGGGGUUGCGUGACGAGUUGACUGGUCCCGAGGACCGGAUGAGCGACUCGAGAGUUGCAUGACGCGCACCCUGAAGUUGCGUUUGUUUCUCGCGAUGCGCGUAGAUAAUCCAUCAAUGCAAAUUUUGAGUACAAGGAAUCAAUACGAGACAAGACCAUGUUGGCUCCCAACGGCGGAGGGUCUCGCUGUGCUGCGCGUGUACCAAAUUUGUCCAACA